AUGUCUGCGAUCCUUCUUCCCUCAGUCUCAAUCUUUCUGCUCCACGUUCUCAUGGCAGCUUCAGAUUCUCUUCAAGACACCUAUCUCCAGUGCCUCACUCUCCACUCUGACCCCUCUCUUCCAAUCUCCGGCGUCACCUAUUUCCCCAACAGCCCCUCAUACCCUUCCAUCUUGGACUCCUACAUCAGAAACCUCAGAUUCACUUCCGCCACAACCCCAAAACCAUCCUUCAUUGUGGCCCCCACCCACGUGUCCCACAUCCAAGCCUCCGUCAUAUGCUGCAAAAGAUUCAAUCUUGAGCUCAGAAUCAGAAGUGGGGGGCACGACUAUGAUGGCCUCUCGUAUGUCUCCGAAGCACCCUUUGUGAUUGUGGACAUGUUCAUGCUCAGAUCGGUGGAGGUCAACUUGGAGGACGAGACCGUGAGCGUUGACUCGGGGUCAACGGUUGGUGAACUCUAUCAUGCGAUUGCUGAGAGGAGCAAGGUGCAUGCUUUCCCUGCUGGGGUUUGUCCCAGCGUUGGUGUUGGAGGGCACUUCAGUGGAGGAGGCUAUGGGAACUUGAUGCGAAGGUAA